UGAAGUACUCUCCUCUCUCUCCUCUGUAAUUAACAAUUGGUUUUUGGCUGUACUGAUUUCGAGUUUGAAAUCUCCAUCUCCAUCUCCCUCCUCCUUUCUCUUUUUUCUUGUCUCUUUGGGAAGAGAAAGAACGGAUUCGUAGAACGAUGGAAAUUUGUCAGACGGAUAACAUGCAAACCGUCUCGUCUCUUCCUCUUUCAACUUCCUUUGAUUCUGGGUGUGUGUGAUUGCGGUGUUAGUUUCUUGAAGUCCUGAGAAUCAGAGAAAGGAUGAACUGCAGACCAAGUGGUUCCGUUCUUUAGAAGCUUUUGGAUAGUGCCGGAAUUUGGGCAUUUCCGGUGGUGCAAUUUGAAGAUGAAGCCACAUGUGCUAGCAAGAGGGAGAGGGAGUUCCAGGGUCACUUCGCAGCAGUCCCAUUUCGAGCUGAAGCACAAAGUGGUGCUUGCACUCAACAAGCUUGCGGAUCGAGAUACCUGCCACAUAGGCGCGGACGAGCUCGAGAGAGUGGCCGAAUCUCUAACCACUGAUGGGAUCGGGCCGUUCCUGUCUUGUAUAUUGGACACUGAUAAGGAGCAGAAGAGUGCAGUGAGGAAGGAGUGCGUUAGGCUGAUUGGUAUGGUGGUGACAGUUCAUGGGAGUUUAGCUGUGCCACAUCUAGCUAAGAUGGUUGGCAGCGUUGUGAAGAGGCUUAAGGACUCGGAUUCGGUUGUGAGGGAUGCAUGUGUUGAGACGAUGGGUGUUUUGGCUUCUACGGUCAGUAACGAUGGGGAUGAAUCUGAUGGGGACUUUGUUGUGUUGGUGAAGCCCCUUUUCGAAGCUUUGGGUGAACAGAAUAAAUAUGUGCAGUCAGGUUCAGCGUUAUGCUUGGCUAAAGUCAUUGACAGUACUCGAGACCCUCCAGCUUCCGUUUUACAGCGAAUGUUAACCAGGAUUAUGAAGUUGCUGAAGAAUCCACACUUUAUGGCUAAACCAGCAGUAAUUGAGCUUACUAGAAGUAUUCUUCAGGCAGGUGGUGCACCUUCGCAAAAUAUUUUAGCUGCUGCAAUGACUAGCAUCCAAGAUGCUCUCAAGAACAGUGACUGGACUACACGCAAGGCAGCUUCUGUAGCUCUAGGAGAAAUCGCUGCUGGUGGCGGGUCUUGCCUGGGUUCUUUAAAAGCUUCCUGCAUUCGAUCCCUUGAAUCUUGCCGUUUUGAUAAAGUGAAACCUGUUAGAGACACUGUACUUCAUGCCAUACAAUGCUGGAAAACUCUUCCUGGGCCUGAUGCUCCUGAGGCUUCUGAAACGGGAUCAUCCAUAAAAGAAAACUACUGUGGAGGAGAGUACAGUGACAUCACGAGUACCAGUGGCUCUGCACAGAAAGAAAUAAUAAUGAAUAAAGUUGUAACAGACCCAUCUAAGAGAAGAUUUCCUUUGUCUGUAAAGAGAGGGUGCCAGAAUUACACCGACUCGCCACAGUCUAAAUCAGACGAUUGGCGUAUUGAAAUUGCAGUUCCCAAGCAUCAUGAUUUGCCUCUGCCAGAUCCUCAGAAUGAGGAAUCUGAGGGUAGUAGUUCUAUUACCAGGACUUUAGAAAGAAUGAGCGUUGACAUUUCCAGUGCUCCUGAUGUUAGCUAUGAAUAUGUGCCAAUGGAUGACAAGCAGGACUCUUUCUCUGCGUCCAAGAGAAGUUCAGUUCAUCAUGACUCUCUCGAGAAUGGUGCUUUACUUAAAGUAAUGGGAAGACGCCAGCAUGCUGCAGGGAUGGAUACUGAAGAUGUUUAUUGUGUAAAUGUUCAAGAUCGUAGAAGUCUUGAUUCCACGGUUACUGAAACUACCUUUCAACCUUCACACGAAUGCUGCUCACAUGUGGCAAGUGAAGUGGCCUCAAUUAGGAAACAGCUUUCUGAGAUCGAGAAUAGACAGGCGAACUUGUUGGACCUGCUGCAGGAUUUCACAGCCGGGAUAAUGGCGAACAUGUCUGGCUUGAAGUCCAAAGUGUCAGGAUUAGAGCAUGAAGUGGAUAGGAUAUCUAGGUUUCUUGUGCAAGGAGCUAGGCAUUCGGAAUCAGCAGUCUCCCGGAUUAUGAAGCAGAACCAAAAUGGUCCCUCUCCUAGAUGCACACCCAGACCAUCUAUUGAUAUUCAAUGUAGGCAGCCUUCACAAUUUUCCGUGAAGCACACCGAUAUUUGGGAUGGUAGUAGAACUAGAUCGAGAAAUUCGGUAUCAGCAAAACAAGCUACAGAAAUUAGCCCCAAUCCUACUGCAGUUGCUACAAGGAAUCUUACAGGGAAAGGAAUGCUGAAAAGUUCAGGUAGAGGUUCCCAGAGCACAGAUCCAAAUCUCAAGAAUGGCAGCAGGCAAAAUGGGAUGGAGAACCAGAACUUCUAUUGGGAACGUGUAAAAGAUUUUAUGCGCAAAGGGGACGUGGACUCUGCAUAUGCUGAAGCACUUUCCUCUGGCAAUGAACUCAUUCUAGUCGAGCUUCUCAAUAGGACUGGUCCUGUGCUGGAAUGUCUUUCCGGCCAAACCAUGUAUGAAGUUCUUACAAGUUUGGCAUCAUUCUUCUUGGAGCAGAGAUUUAUCAACUCUAUCAUACCCUGGCUGCAUCAGGUUGUGGAAUUGAGCUCAAUCCAUGGACCAGAUUACCUUGGCCUCUCUUCGAAAGGAAGAAGAGAAUUCUUGUCUGCAAUUCAGGAGGCAGCCGGCAUGGGAUUCUCGAACCCUGCUGAAAGAAAAUCUGUCACCCAACUUGCAGCUAAACUGCAGCAACUGUGGGGAAGGAACCCUUGACUUCUCCAACUGGAUCAACUCAUCAUAUCUCUGGCCUGCCUUUUAUGUUCAUUUGGUAACCGUCGUUUUAGCUUUUGAUUGCUUCCUGUCGAAUUAUGUUCUAGGUGCUUUGCUGGUGAAGAAUGUUAUCAGU